AUGGGUGUUCAGAAGACCAUCAUCUCCGAGGGCAGCGGCCCCUCUCCCCAGGUCGGCCAAAAGGUCACCAUCCAAUACACCGGCUGGAUCAAGGACGAGUCCAAGCCUGACAACAAGGGCGACCAGUUCGACAGCUCCGUCGGCCGUGGUGCCUUCGUCGUGAAUAUUGGUGUUGGCCAGGUCAUCAAGGGCUGGGAUGAGGGUGUUACCCAGAUGAAGGUCGGCGAGAAGGCCCUUCUCGACAUCACUCCUGACUACGGCUAUGGUGCCCGUGGCUUCCCCGGUGCCAUCCCUCCCAACGCCACUCUCCUCUUCGAGGUUGAGCUCCAGAAGAUCAACUAA